UCAGCAUCAUCCAGGAUCCAGUCGUUUACAGCACUGUUGAACGUUCUUUAAUGUGUAAGCUGAUACCAAUUGGAGUUGCGCUUCGUCAUUAGCAAGAGAUGGAUUCAAACGUAGAGAAAGCUGAGGGACCAGAUCGGACACAAACACCAGACAAUACAUUCUUACCUAUACAAGGCCAAGGUGCUCCCUUGACCAGGACGAAAUCAGCAACAUCCAAUGCGCUGGCCAGAGUGUCGUCGCGCCUCACCACUCGCUCAAUAACGAAUCCUGGUCCCCCUCCAGAUGGAGGUUUACGCGCCUGGGUUCAGGUCUUCUGCGCCUGGCUCGCCGUUACCAACACGUGGGGCUUCGUGAACUCCUUUGGCGCUUUUCAAACGUACUACGCGUCAAUUUUGCCGGAGCCUAAUUCGACGAUUUCCUGGAUUGGAUCAACGCAAGCCUGUCUUCUAUUCGUUGUCGGAAUUUUCAGCGGACGCGCUUUUGACGCUGGGUGGUUUCGUCCCACGGUGCUACUUGGCAUUUUCGUCCAAAUCCUAGGUAUAUUCGCCAUGAGCGCAGCGAAGAACUACUGGCAAUUACUGUUGACACAGGGGAUCUGCACUGGAAUAGGAGGAGGAAUAUUCUUUAUGCCUGUCAUGAGCCUAGUGGCUACGUAUUUUGCCAAACGUCGUGGCCUAGCCGUAGGACUCGUGACUGUAGGCAACUCGGUAGGCGGUAUGAUUUAUCCGACUGUCGUCCGGCAGCUACUACCUCAAGUCGGGUUUGGCUGGACUGUAAGAGUCCUUGGAUUCAUCAACGUAGUCUGUUUGACAGUUGUGAUCGCCUUCACCAAGCCACGCCUUCCCCCGCGAAAGAGCGGACCGUUGUGGGAUAAAGACUCUCUGAAGGACAUACCGUACAUUCUGUUCGUCCUGGGCAUCUGCUGCUUGAUGCCCGCGAUAUACUUUGUGUUUUACUACGUUGCCUCUUUUGCCCGUGACGAGCUUGGCAUGCCCUACACGCAAUCCCUAAACCUCGUCAUCAUCCUCAACGGCGUCGGCCUCCCCUUCCGUAUACUCCCCGGCUUCGUUGGCGACCGCUACCUCGGGCCUCUCAACACCUUCUCCCUCUGCACGUUCUUCGCAUCGGUGAUCCUUUUCUGCUGGCUCGGUGUCACUUCCAUCCCAACGUAUUACACUUUCAUCUCAUUCUACGGCAUUUUUGCGGCGGCAUUCCAAUCUCUUUUCACAACAGCGAUUAUGGCACUUUCGCAUGACAUUACGAAGACGGGGACGAGGCUGGGCAUGGCGAUGACGGUGAUUGGAUUCAGUGCGUUGGUGGGAGGACCGUUGAGUGGGGCGAUACUUAAGGCGAGUGAUUAUACGACGACGAUUUGCUGGGCUGGAGCGAGUAGCUUCAUGGGUUGGGGGCUGUGCACGGCGGCAAGGAUAUGCAAACAUGGUUGGGUGGUGAGAAAGAAGUGUUGAAGACGGGGUUGUUCGAAGAGAGGAUACCCAUCAUCUUCAUGAUCCACAGCAACGCUUACGAUACACACAUGUU